AACACAGGCAUAUCACCGUGAACGUGAACAAUCCGGACGUCGAAGCUCAAGAGCUUCAACUAAUAAACCUCGAUGUCCCUCCCGAUAUGACCUUAGCCGACCUCCGAAGCUCCAUCGAGGCCGAGGGAAUACCUGGCCCGUCGCAAAACAUCUACCACAACGGCCAGCUCAUCACUGACAACUCCAAGACGUUGCAAGAGCUAGACAUUUCCGAUGGAGACAUGCUAGCACUGCACGUGCGGGAUAUGAGAGGCAACACUGGCGUUGCGCCUGCUCACCGCGAGCCACAGAGACGACAGCCUGCUCCUGUAGCCCAGGACCCGGAGCUCAUCCGCUUGCAAGUCCUCGGUGAUUCUCGACUGAGGGGCGAACUCGAACGAGCGAACCCCCAGCUAGCCGCCGCCCUCGAGAACCCUCAGAGAUUUGCCCAGAUUUUCCGUCAGAGCGCAGACCAGCAGGAGGAGGCACGCCGAGCACGUAUGCGGGAGAUCGAGGCCCUGAACAAUGAUGAGUUCAAUCCCGAGUCCCAGGCCAAGAUUGAGGACAUGAUUCGCCAGCAAGGUGUUAUGGAGAAUCUCCAAAAUGCUAUGGAGUAUAACCCCGAAUGUAAGUCAUGCUCUUCCUUGGACAUCCAAACCCUAGGCUCUGACCCCCUCUUUUGCAGCUUUCGGUCGAGUGCAUCUCCUUUACGUCGACGUCAAGGUCAAUGGUGUGAAGGUUAAGGCCUUGGUCGACUCUGGCGCCCAAGCCACAAUCAUGUCCCCGACCUGUGCCGAGGCAUGCAACAUCAUGCGCCUUGUCGACCGACGGUUCGCUGGAGUAGCUCGCGGGGUGGGAACUGCAAACAUAAUUGGCCGUGUCCACUACACUAUGCUGCAACUAGGCACGAAGCACUUAGCGGCCGCAUUCACGGUCAUGGAGGGCAAGUCAGUUGACCUGCUGCUCGGUCUAGACAUUCUUAAAGGUCACCAAGCAACUAUCGAUCUUGUACGCAACAAGCUUAUCAUCCAAGGGGAGGAGGUGGAAUUCCUCGGCGAAUCAGACAUUCCCAAGGAGACUGAAGAGGCGGUUAAUCAGGAACCAACCGUUCAAGGCCCUGGCGGCACGACUAUUGGUGCCCGCUCAGGUGCCGUUACUGGUCCCCAAGUCUCGUCCGCAGGCCCUUCUGCACCUAGCGCAUCACGACCUGCGGCUCCUGUGGCUCGCCCCGCGCAACCA